GGAAUGCUGGAGACUAUCCCAUCUGACGUCAGGGCAGCGGCAGGGCAGAUUCAGACCAACAACCACGCUCACUCAGAAGAUGCAAACCGAUGGACUUGAUUGACAAGGGUUGAAGUCCAGAUGUGGUCCAAUCGGAUAUCUUCUACUUGGCCAGCAGGAGACAUGAACGCAACACACCUGAGUGGUUGAGCGCCAGGGGAAACUGGACCACUGGAAUCCAGGACCAGAUGAGAGAGUUGGAAGACCAGCAAGUUAUGGAAGGAGAUGGACAGAAGGCCAUGGGAUGCUUUUGGACAGUGACUCAUGCAGCCGCAGUGUGACGACGUCGCCUCGCCUCUCCUCGCCUCUCCUCGCCUCUCCUCGCCUCUCCUCGCCUCUCCUCGCCUCUCCUCGCCUGUCCUCGCCGUCCUGCAGCGUACAUGUAACCUCUCAGACGCUGUCCGCCAGAUCCUCCCCAAGCCGCACGAAGGCGACGCCGUGGACGCCGUGGACGCCUCGCAGUUAGCCGCCUUAGCCGCCGGCUGCGUCCUCUACCUUUCUUCUCCCGGCUCCACGUGCGCCGCAGCCGGGCGGGGAGGGUGGGGCCAGGAGGUCCAGCGUUUCCUGCAUCAGGUUUCCAGCCAGGAGCGUGGAGAUGCGGACACGGAGAACUGCACGGGACCUGGACCGGGACACGCGGACCUCUACAUGGACCUCCAUGGGCUGGAACGCGUGCUUGGGGGCCUUCUACGCCACCAGUUGGCCACCAAUCAGAGCUGCGUCACAGCGAGCGUCAUCAUGGCGGAGGUGGGCGCCUCAGGGCCCCGGCAGACCCGGGCGGCGGGCGCGGUCUUGGGCCGGGUCCUGCACCACGUCCUUCGAGGCGGGUGCGUGGCGGGCCGCCCCCUCCCCGAGGAGAUCUUCUUCCUGGACGACAUCAUGGCCCGACUGGGCUCCGACCGGGUCACCGUGGCCGACCUGGAGGCUCUCAUGGGGUCCCUGGGCGUCGGGGGCGGACACACGGAGAGACGCCCCCACCAAGGCUCCAACGCCAGCUGGGAUCAGCACUGCUUCUCCGCCCACGAGCUGGUGCUGAUCCACCGCCUGGGAGGGGGCCACGCCAUCCUGGACCGAUCGGACGUGGCCCGGCUCAGCCCCGCGCUGGUCCAGCAGAUCCUGAGCGGGGCCUGCCACGCCACUCAUCCGCCCGCCCCAGACCGGCUCAGCACCACAGAACGGUACCUUUACGCCACCCUGGCCAACGUGGUCAUCACGCUGGCGUCCAUGUUUGGCCUGGUGUUGCUGCUCUGCACGUCCUUCACCGCCGUCUUCCAGCUGUGCCUCCGCUUCUGCAUCAGCCUGGCCGUGGGGUCCCUGACGGGGGACGCCUUGCUGCACCUGCUGCCCAUGUUCCUAGGCCUCCACGUGCACUCUGAGGACUCGGGUGACGUGGGACACCCGCACCAACGCCAUGGCGGGGCCGGUGAUGCGGGGGCGCCCGACCACGUGUACAAGAUGUUGGUGUUGUUGGCUGGGAUCUACUGCUUCUACCUGAUGGAGACCAUCUUCUCGCUGCUCACGCACGGACGCGGCCAUCACGCGGACGCCUCGCCCCCCCACCACUGUGACCACAGCAGAGUUGUGGAAAUGUACCAACAGGACAGGAAAGACAAGGACGAUAUGCGCUCGGCAUCAGUGGCAGAAUUGGUGACGGAGGAAGAGGAGCGCGUCGGUCAGGAGGCCAGCAGAGCAGACCCCCCCCUGCUGCCCUACAUGGUGACCCUGGGCGACGCCAUCCACAACUUCGCCGACGGCCUGGCCAUGGGCGCCGCCUUCUCCCUGUCGUGGAAGUCGGGCGUGGCCACGUCGCUGGCCGUGCUCUGCCACGAGCUGCCUCACGAGCUGGGAGACUUCGCCAUCCUGCUGCACAGCGGCAUGUCGGUGCGGCGGGCGCUGCUUCUCAACGUGGGCGGAGCCAUGUCCUCCUUCGUCGGCCUUUACGUCGCUCUCGCCGUGGCCACCGACCUCGCCACCAAGCAGUGGAUCGCCGCCGUCACCGCCGGCCUCUUUCUCUACGUGGGACUGGCUGACAUGUUGCCCGCCUUGGUGCACAUCGACUCCAGGAGACCCUGGCUGAUAUUCGCGUUGCAGAACGUGGGCCUCCUGAGCGGCUGGGCCAUCCUCUUGGUGCUGUCGCUGUACGAGGAGAACAUCGGCGUUUAGCCAGAAGGGAAGGAAACACCACGUGAGGACGUAGUCCGUGUGUGCGUGAGGUUGGUUCCUUUGCUCUAAUCACGGACUAAAACUAGCUGGAGACUUGAGAAGAUGAUGAAGGAACAUGAUGAGGUUCUCCUAACAAACGGGGUUUAUGAAAGACCGGAUAUAGGACACACGGCUCGUGUCAGACCGAGGUUUCUUUACGUCGCAUCCUCGCUGCCUCGCAACGUCCACAAUACGAUGGAAACACUAAAAGCACAGAAUCACAUCCUAAAUGGUCAUCAUGUCAUGUGACUUCCAUGGGGG